GAGAGAGAGAGAGAGAGAGAGAGAGAGAGAGAAACGUGAGCAGCGGUGUUUCUGACUCAGUCUUCGGUGAGAGAGCAAUGAGAGAGGAUCAUGCAGGGGAUAAGUGUUCUUUCCCAUCUUCACCAUCACCAUCACCAUCUUCAUCUCCAUCUCCAUCAGUCCAUCCAGCCGAGGGAUCAUGUCAGUGAACAGCACCGAGGCGACAGCAGCGGCGGGGAGGGACUACACCUGUGUGCGCUUCUACGUGUCCACCGUCUCCUUCUCGGUUCUCCUCUUCUUCAACCUCCUCAUCAACUGGACCAUCUUGCGCGAGGAGCGGCUCCGGACCUGUGUGCGCUUCGUGCUGGUCUUCCAGCUGCUGGUGUCGGCUCUGCUCCACCUGGGCAUGAGCAGCGUCUUCUACUCCCAGCUGCACCUUGACGCGCGGCCGGGGCGCACCGCCUGCCUGCUCAUGGUGACCGUCCUGAUCAGCAGCGCCUCCUGCAUCCUCCUGACGCUCACGGUGAUGGCGCUGGACCGCUACUGCGCCGUGUGCCACCCGAUGCGCUACACCGACACCUGCACCGCGGGGCACUGGCCCUGGCUGCUGGGUGCGCUCACCUGGAUGGUGGCGCUGGUCAUCCCCCUCAGCCUGCUCCUCCAGCCGAGCCGAGAGGACAACCACCACGGGAAGUGUGGCACGGAGCAGCUGAGGAGAGGCGGCCUGCAGAAGAUGCUGUUCAUCGGGCUGUGCACGAUGCUGAUUCUGUACAGCUAUGUGCGCAUACUGGUGGAGGGGCGGAGGUUAGGGGUGCUCAAUCGGCGCAACCGUGCCGGGUGUCGGACCAUCGCCCUGCACGGCACCCAGCUGGCCGUGUACCUCCUCCCCAGCUUCGUGAGCUUCGUGCUGACGACGCUGCACAAGCACGAUCUGAUCCGGACGCAGACCCGAGAGAUGUCCGCGGUGGUCACCUUCGCCUUCUUCAGCCUGGCGCAGUGCGUCGCGCCAAUUGUUUACGGUUUGCGCAAAGAGGAACUCCUGGAGAAGUUGAGCUACAGGUUCCCCUGCUGCUCCCGGUACCUGAAGAGUGUCCUGGGCUGGACGGUGCGAGGCAGCUGGUUACCCCCCCACCACAGAGCACGGUACGACCCCUACAGGGAGCGAACACACACAGCCCAGACGAUCAUCUCCCAAGAGGUUCCACAAGUCCCAGAGGAGGAGGAGGAGGAGGAGGAGGAGGAAAUGAAGCCAGUGUCAGUCAGGAGUUCCUCACAUGACUCCCACUCAUGUCAGGGUGAUAUGGACAAUGCCUGAUGGGGGGGGACAAUCAGGUCGCUGCCGGGAUCCUGAGUGGCACAGGGACGUUUGGGGAAGUGGCUGGUUUUCUCAGGGCCUCGUGGAAUCUCCUCGGACUUCAUGAGGAGAACAUUCAAACCAGGACGUGCAGCAACGUUAUAUUUUUGACGAAUCACAAGCACAACAUGUGGACUGACAGCAGAGCACAGUGUGGUUCAGGUACUUAGUUCUCUUACUGUGAAAUUACCUUGGCUAGUCCAGGGAUUUAAACCUCAAACUCUUCAGCUCACAAGUCAACCUCUCAGACCUCUUGGCUACAAACAGUCCUGCAUCAUGUGACUGCGAUGGAGGGAAAUGUUGUUUCCAUGUGUUCUUUACCUUGUACAUAUUAAAAAAAGGAAAGCUCUAAGUCUAA